CCCGACUAGUGGAAGGAGGUCGCCAUGGGAUGUACCCUGAUGUCUGGGGACUAUCUACACGCUGUAUGUGUCAAAGUCUACCUGCGGCCACAAAGUCUAGAAAUCUCCUGACUUGUGACCUGGUAGCACACCUGCCGGUCUCACACAGGCAGCAGACAAGGAGACGAAGAUGGCCGACAGCUGGGAGAAGAUCGGUGACCGACGCCACUUCCAGUACAUUGUGGUGGGCUGCGGCGGCAUCGGCAGUGGCGCCAUCUACUGGCUGUCUAAGAAAGCAGCUGGAGGUGUGCUGGGGCUGGAGCAGUUCAAGCUGGGUCACGACCACGGCGGAUCGCAAGAUGUCUCCAGGAUCAUCCGACUGACCUACCAUGAUGAUCGCUACACUCGCCUCACGCCUGCAACUUACGAAGCGUGGGCACAGCUGGAGCGGGAGUCCGGUCAGCAGCUGGUCUACAAGCCGGGCAUUCUGCAGCUGGCCCUCAAAGGCGAGACUGAUGUCAUCAUGGAGGAGUAUGCUACAGCAAUGGACAGACACCACAUACCGUAUGACCGGCUUAGCAGUGAGCAGCUGAGGGCCCGCUACCCGCAGUUCACACCCCCGCCCAACAUGGUGGCGCUGUACCAGAAAGACGGGGGGCUGGUGGACGCGGCGCUAGGCAACAGUACGCACGUGCAGCUCGCCAGGGGCAACGGCGCUGUUGUCCUUGAUUUGUGCCCUGUACUGAAGAUCAGCAGGACCGCAGACGGCAAGAUGGAGGUGGUCACGACGAAGGCCACCUUCACGUGCCAGCGGGUGAUCGUGACGGCGGGUGCCUGGAUUAACCGUGUACUGGGCUCCAUCGGGGUGCAGCUGCCUAUCACAGUGACCCAGGAGCAGGUGACCUACUUUGCCACCCCGCACAUCCGGGAUUUCACCAAAGACAAAUUCCCUGUCUGGAUUUAUCACGCCAAAACCAACGACUUCUAUGGUUUGCCCAUCUACUCCAACUCGGGAGCUAAAAUUGGAAUCGACGCCUCCGGUCCUGUCGUCACCACUGACACACGAACCUUCACCCCUGACCCUGAGCGGGUGAACGCCUGCCGACAGCUGCUUCGCGACAUUCUGCCAAACUUUCUUGGGCCGGAGAUGUACACCAAGACCUGUCUGUACGACAUGACACCCGAUCGCGAUUUCCUGGUGGAUACCUGCUCACAGUUUGGCUUCCCGGAGGUCAUCGUGUGCUGUGGCGCCGGACAUGCGUACAAGUUUGCCAGUCUGCUGGGCAAGAUUCUCAGCGAGCUGGCCGUGGAGGGCGCGACAGCCUACGACAUCUCCCAGUUCACCAUCAGGCGCCCCGCCCUGACUGACCCCACCUUCCAGCCAGUCUUCUACAUGGGACUGAAGAAAGCGGAUGUGCAGGCCAGACUCUAGGGUCUCCACCCGAGCCUUUACUCGCUCCACCCGGAUUAAACUGCCUAUAAUAAUUCAUGAGCCAAUUAAUUAUUUAGCCCCUGUUGUACAUUUAAUGGGUGGAAUCACAGAGAAAAAGGCUGGGUAGUGUUUGACUGGGUCUGUAGACAGCACUGUAGACAGCACUGUACAGUGUAUACGACAGUCACUGGUCUGUGCACAGGUCCUACUGCCACCUGCUGGUUAGUUCGGGGCUCUGGGAAAUAAAUAAACUAUGAUUGAUCUACGAAA